GCGCUGCAUUCGAUCAAGGGGCAAUUUUUUUUUAGCUUAUACAAUCUUGUGCUGUCUCUUCUUUCUUCUCUCAUCACGCCCACAAAAAGCUAUUUUGACCUCAUCUUACCAAAUCCCUAUUAUCUUUUGUCUUUUGUACUUUAGACUCCCCAUCAUCCCUACAAGCACUUACACCACACUUACCGCUUCACCUUCACCAACACUCGUGUGGCCGUCCUUUCAAGACACAAUGUCUCACAAUGAGGAACCAUCACCGCCGGAAUCCCGCGUUGUUUUGAGAGCCCAGGGGAUGAACGAAGUCUUGCCGCGUCAUGAUCUCGAAAUGUUCACGUCUGCCGGAACGUACCCGCACGGGAGUUGGGAGCUUUCUGAGGUCGGUCAGCCUCACCAAUUCCAGGCCGCCUACUGCGUACGAGAUGCUCAGGGGCAAAAGGUGCGAGCACCAAUGCCGCUGGUCAGCCUCUCUGCAGUCACGAAUCAAGAAGAGAUUUAUCAGCACUGCACAGUCUAUCACUAUGAUCCGGCGGAGAACGCCACUGAUGAAUAUUCACGUCGGGAGGAUUCGUUAGUUGUCAACGGAUCUUUCAACAGCAAUUCGUACCACGAGGCGCUUCAACAUUCAGCGCCAGACCAUGUCCAUGGCCUUGGGUUAUUCACACCGCAAGAAUCCCUCGACACAGGUGUCCAAGGAGAACAGUUCACCAUGAACGACUCUUUCACAACUAUGACGCUUUCGCCUCAGGCAUUGUCACUCGAUGACCAGGCAUUCGACGAGCUUUUCCGCCAGAGGCACGAUGCCAACUACGACUUUGACCAAGCCAACAUGAGAGGCAGCCCAAACGGGGUGGGAGAUGAUGCGGUCACAGCCAAGAAGGAAAAAUGAAAUUUCGCCUUGAUUGUUUUUUUCCCCUAUUUGUUCGGGUUCAUGCAUGGGAGGCAAAUUGAGGUCAGCAAAGGAUGGAAGUUGGGGGCCAUUUUCUGCAAUGGGGCUACUAUGAUAGAGUCAAGGGUAGGAUGGGCAAACGACGAAUUCUUCAUUCUUCUGAAACAUUAGGGGCCGACUCAAAGGAGCUGCUUGCUGGUCUUCAGCAAUGGGUUGACCGCCUCUCUAGGCGCAAGAGGACUACAGUCUGGCUAUGGAAAGGCGGUGGGAAGCAAAUGGUAGGGACUAGGAUUUGGUGAUGGCCUUACCGUUUCUUGCGUCGUGACCAUCAUUUCACGUGGCUGGAUCACUUUAGGAUAGGCGUGUCGAUUAGAAAUCAUGAAAGAAGCAAUUUGGGGC